AUGGGGCUUCUGAAGUGGACUUCGUUACAGACCUGGAAAGCCCAAACGUUUAGUGUGGGUGAACUGGAAGUGCUUGAAGGAGACCCCAGUUUGGAUGACCUACAACACAUACCUCCUGCAAAGCUGGGACAAGGAUCAGCAACUCUAAAUUUUGUUUCAAGGAUGAAAGGCUACAUUUUCCUCGUGAUUUUGACAGUUUCAUCAUCAUUCUCCAAACAAACACCCUUUUCUGUUUUUGUAGACAUUGGUGAAAGCAGGAGCAUCGCAGAGGCAAACAAAGACUCUUUGCAUGAUGAUAUCCUGACGGCACCACCAAACACUGACAGGAGUGCCACCACUUAUGAGAACAAACUGUGGACAUCACCAGUCCCAUAUGUUUUGGACAAAGACCUUGAGAUGAAUGCUAAAGGAAUCGUCCUGAAAGCCUUUGACCAGUUCAGGUUGAAGUCAUGUAUCGACUUCAAACCAAGGGACUCUGAGGAGUAUUACAUCUCGGUCAAAAAGUUAAGCGGAUGUUAUUCAUAUGUUGGGAAAGUAGCAUCCAACGGACAGGUGCUCUCCAUCGGGAGAUAUUGUGAUUCAAUCUCAACGGUCGAACAUGAGUUCCUCCAUGCUCUGGGCUUCUACCACGAGCAGUCCAGAUAUGACAGAGAUGAUCAUGUGACCAUUGUUUCAAAGAACAUUGUAAAAGGUUUUGAGCGUAAUUUUCAAAAAGGGAGCAGUAAAACCACCACCACCCAGGGAGUCCCGUACGACUACUGGUCAGUGAUGCACUACGGCAAAGAUGCGUUCACCAAUGGCAACGGGUCAACUAUUAUAACCAAAGACCCAAAGUUCCAGGAUGUGAUUGGUCAGAGACUGGAAGUGAGUCCCAAAGAUGUUCUGGAGCUGAACGGCCUCUACAAAUGCAAUUCAACCAUCGCAUUUCAGAUGCAGUGCAGCUUCUCUGAUGAGACCAUGUGUCAAAUGACUAGCUGUUCACAGAGUGGGCUUGCCUGGGAAAUGGUAAAAAAGGUUAAAGGGGGUCCUAAGUCUGACCACACCAGUUCACCCAGUGGCAGUGGUGAACAAGGUGAAGAUGCAGGUCACGCCAUGCAUGUUAGCACGGCAUCAGGUCAGGAGGGAGACUCAGCCUGGCUGGAGACCCACAGGAUGAGUCUCAAUAGGGCGCAUCAUGUCCAGUGUCUCCAGUUCUACUAUUACCACAGUGGGAACAUGUCAGACCACCUCAACAUCUGGAUCAGAGAGUUCAAGGAUGAAUUGGACCUCAAGGGAACCCCACGCCUCAUGGGCCAAAUCACUGGUGAACCAACAAGUCAUUGGAAGCUCCAUCAUGUUUCCCUCGAUGCCACCGAGCACUUCCAGGUGGAGUUUCAGGUUCGUAAAGGAGCAGGAAGCUCUACAGGCGGCUUCUCAAUCGAUGACAUCAAUCUGUCAGAGAUCGAAUGUCCACAUGUUACUCUGCAGCUUGAUGACUUUGAGGCCCUUUGGAGCGCUAGCAAAUAUGGCAGCAACAUUUACAGCCCUCGGCAAUACUCCAGCGGGGGCUAUGCUUACAGGGUUGGGGUUGCACUGUAUAAUUCAUAUUUCGGAAUGUUUGUGCAACUCGUGUCUGGUGAAAAUGAUGACCGGCUGGAGUGGCCUUGCCCACAUAGGCAGGUGACCUUCAAAAUGCUGGAUCAGAACGCCAACAUCCAGCUGCAGAUGUCCAAGCAAUUAAGUAUCACCAGUGACCUAAAGACAAUCAACUCAGAUGGCAGCUAUCUGUGGGGCAAUCCUCGGAAAGUUGGAACUCCAUACGUCGAUGAGAAUAAUGAGAAGGCAUUCGCUGGACCUCGGAUUGGCAGAUCGUUUUUUGCCUAUCAGAAGGAAAUUAAAACCAGAGAGUUCCUCAAGGGGGGAAGUGUCGCUUUUGUGUUCAGCUUCCAAGAUAUCACACCGCUAGUCAGUGGAAGUGCUCUGCCAAGUCCUCAAGUGGGACCAGCGGAGAUUAAAUAUCCUGCUAACGAUCUGAAUGGAGGCCCCUGCUCAUCAAGAAUCACACCAACCACCACUCAGUCCCCUCCCAAAACAACGGAUAAGAGCACCACCACCCUUACACCUCCUCUAACCACGGAUCACAGCACCACUACCCCAGAGCCUCCCAGAACCACGGAUGAGAGCAGCAUCACCACCCCUGAGCCUCCAAGAACCACCGAUGACAGCGUGUUUGGCUUCUCUCCUGGUUUGGUGUGUUCUCCUGUCCUCACCCUCCUGCUCGCGCUGAUGCUGUUGGUACCGUGA